UUCUGCCUUUUCUCCCCCCCUCGGCAGCCAGCGGGGAAUAAAGCGGAAUAAAGCGGCGCCGGCUGAGCACGACGCAGGCUGCGCUGGGAUGCUGGAGGCAGCGGGAAGCCUGAAUCACCGGCACCUCGAGGAUUUUUAGAUGUGCCCUGACGCCGCAGGGUCUCCUGGCUCCUGGAAAUGCAGCUCUCAUCCAGCUGUGACCAGACCAUGGACCCCCCCUCCGAGGACUUCCAGCAGGUGCUCUCCAUCGACCAGAUCCGCUCCAUCCGCGCCAGCAACAACUACGUGGAGCGCCCGGCGGCGUGCAGCCAGCAAAGCCGCUCCAACCCCUCUCUGGGGCACAAACACGAGUGCUCCCAGGCUUCUUCCACCUUCCAGGACCCGCAGCUGAGCCACUCGAGCACGGCCAGCUCGGUGUCCCAGGCUUCUUCCCCCUUCCAGGACCCGCAGCUGAGCCACUCGAGCACGGCCAGCUCGGUGUCGCAGAGCACCGCGGCCUCGGAGCAGCGGCUGCUGUCGCCGUCGCACUCGGGGCAGUCCCUGGCGCGGACGCCGUCGCACUCGGGGCAGUCCCCGGUGAGGACACAGCCGCGGCUGGGUGACCCCAAGGCCGAGGUGUCCCCGCGGAAGGGACACGCGCUGCGCUGCGAGGCGUGCGGGCGCUGCCGCUGCCCGCGCUGCACGGCCGCCCGCAGCCUGCCCUCCUGCUGGCUCUGCAACCAGCGCUGCCUCUGCUCCGCCGAGAGCCUCCUCGACUACGGCACCUGCCUCUGCUGCGUCAAGGGGCUCUUCUACCACUGCUCCACCGACGACGAGGACACCUGCGCCGACGAGCCCUGCUCCUGCGGGCCGGGCUCCUGCUGCGCCCGCUGGGCCGCCAUGAGCGCCCUGUCCCUGCUCCUGCCCUGCCUCUGCUGCUACUUCCCCACGCUGGGCUGCCUCAAACUUUGCCAGAGGGGCUACGACGGCCUGAAGCGCCCCGGCUGCCGCUGCCAGAGCCACACCAACACGGUCUGCAGGAAGAUCUCCUCGGCCGGCGGCACGCCCUUCCCCAAAACGCUGGACAAGCCGGUAUGACCCUCCCGAGGAGGAGAAGCGGGCUUUGCUCCUCUUCCUCCCCCUCCUCCUCUUCUCUCCUCCGUCCUCCUCCUCCCUCGGCUCCCUCUGCUCUGCGGUGUCCCCCCGCUCCCCACCACCACCUUUGGGACACCGAGCUGGGGGUACCCGUGGUGGGUGUUUUGCACAUGAGGGAGAGGGACGGGAGAGGCAGAGCGAGCUGAGGGUGCCCUCCCUGGCCGUGUCCCACCGGGAAAGGUGGCCCAGAGGGUCCCCGGGGCUCUGCCCCCAUGGCAGGGCUGCCUGAGGGCCCUCAGGGCUCUGCUCUCCGUAUUUUAGGAGCUGCCCCACGGUGUGGGAGGAGAGAGGUCAGUGCACCCCUGUGCCAGACCUCCUCCUCCCGCUCCUCCUCCUCCUC